CUACAGAACGCUUCGUUGAUCACCUCGCACGCAUCGUAACUACGGCAACUACGAUACCUCGAGUCGUGACGUACCAAAAUUUGUGCACACUUUUGAAAUUGUAGAUAACAUUUGACCUACUAGUUCCGCAAGUCAAAGACCACGUUUGCGUUAUGUUUUUUUGAUCUAAACGCGGAAAACUGAAGCUCAUAGUUGAAUACUUUUUUUUUUUUCAUUAAAGCUAGAUAGUGGUCUGCUCACAGAACACCUACCAUCGCUCCGGUUCGCUUGCAAAAUGGCAAGCUUGGGCAAGAUUUCACCAUAUGAGUGUUCAGUGCCUUCAUAGAAAUAAAUGCUUCCGUCUGCGUAGUAAUCUCGGGACGAUCAAAGGCGCGACCGGUUUCUCAUCAAAUAGCAUCAUGUGCUAUCAAAACUGCGGCGAGUGUUGACUCUUCGGCUGCGUGUAUGAAGUUGUACUCCACUGAAAGUUUGUUCGCGCUUAUGUGAAGUGCGGACAUGGCUGCGGAUGAAUGUUACAUGUUUUCUCAAAGCGACCUGCCAGCAUCAUGUUUCGGACUUAUUGAGGAAAUUCGGAGGCAAGGAAAGCUAUGUGACAUCACGCUCAAGGUGGACGAUGAAAUCUUCACUGCUCAUAGAAUCGUCCUGGCCUCCACGAUACCGUACUUUUACGCUAUGUUCAUGCACGAUAUGAUGGAAAGCAAACAAAAGGAGAUUACCAUUCGUGGCAUUGAGGCCUCGGCACUGGAAGCUCUCAUUAAUUUUGCGUAUAGCGGUAAGGUGAAUAUCACAGCCGCCAACGUGCAGUCGUUGCUCGUUGGUGCUUCAUUUCUGCAGCUACUCAAAGUAAGGGAAGCGUGUUCGGAGUUCCUUGUUAAAAGGCUUCAUCCCGCCAAUGUCUUGGGCAUACGUUCGUUUGCGGACACCCUUGGCUGCCCUGGCCUGGUCGAGGCCACUAACAAAUUCAUUCAGAAGCACUUUCUGGAUGUCUGCCAGUCUGAUGAAUUCCUUGCUCUCCCUCUGCAAGACGCGAUUGAAAUCAUUGGCUGGGACCAGCUCUAUGUUGUUUCUGAGGAGCAGGUAUUUGAAGCAGUGAUGUCAUGGGUGCUGUAUGACCGUGAAAACCGGGGAGCAAUUUUGCCAGAGGUGUUGGCACAUGUGCGAUUGCCACUGCUGAGCCCCCAGUUUUUGGCAGACCGGGUAGCUGCAGAGCCUUUAGUGCGUGGUUGCCACCGCUGUCGUGACCUACUAGAUGAGGCACGAGACUAUUUGCUCAUGCCUGAGCGUCGGCCGUUGUUGCAGGGUUUUCGCACCCGACCUCGCUGCUGUCCUGAUGUGGUAGGUCACAUCUAUGCCGUUGGUGGUCUCACUAAAUCAGGUGAUUCUCAGAGUACUGUAGAAGUUUAUGAUCCCAAGAUCGGGCACUGGCAGGUUGCCGAAGCAAUGUCAAUGACUAGAAGUCGAGUUGGUGUUGCUGUACUUAGAGGAAAACUUUACGCCAUUGGUGGCUACAAUGGCUUGGAACGACUUCGCACUGUAGAAGUGUUUAGCCCUGAAAGCCGCAUUUGGAGCCGGGUAGCAUCAAUGAAUUGCAAGCGCAGUGCUGUGGGUGCAGCUGUGCUUCACGACAAGCUGUAUGUGUGCGGUGGUUAUGAUGGAAUAUCUUCAUUAAACACAGUGGAAUGCUACAACCCUGAAAAAAAUGAGUGGACCAUGGUAACGAGCAUGUCCAAGCACCGCAGUGCAGCUGGAGUUGUUGCUUUUGACGGCCACAUUUAUGCCCUUGGUGGACAUGAUGGACUCUCCAUAUUUGGAUCAGUGGAGCGAUAUGAUGUGCAGACUGGUCAGUGGAGCCCCAUGCCAUCAAUGCUGACUCGACGGUGUCGCCUUGGUGUGGCAGUGCUGCGAGGGAAGAUUUAUGUCUGUGGGGGCUAUGAUGGGGCCACAUUUCUCCAGACUACAGAGGCUUUUGACCCUGUGACCCAGCAAUGGCAGUUUGUAGCACCAAUGAAUGUCACACGUAGCCGAGUAGCACUUGUUGCCAACUGUGGCCGGCUUUUUGCGGUUGGCGGUUAUGAUGGUCUGUCUAACCUGAGUACAGUUGAAGUCUAUGAUCCUGAGGCUGACCAGUGGAUGCCCAUAGCUUCAAUGUGUGCACACGAGGGUGGUGUUGGUGUUGGAGUUUUGCCACCAUUAUAGGAUUGUGCUCAAUAUGCCAAUGUGGCCUGUUAUAUGUGCCCUUGUUUAUAAAACAGUCACUGCUAUUCUAAGCAGUUGUAGAUGGGAUAAAGGAAUGCUGAAAAACUUUGCGUUCUACGUCUUCACAAUCCUUAUUUCCUUAUUCCACUGGUAAAUAUAAAUAGAAAUAAAAAAGUAGCAACACCACCUGUGUAAGGACCUCUGCAUUUUAUACUCUUUACGUAACAAAUACACACUUGAUUAGUCAUUAUCUUAUGGUACAGUCAUACGGUCAAUACGAAGAAAACGUUUAGUUGGCCAUUGUACAAGCUUUGUGUAGUGAGAGACCAACAUCAAAAAAGUUUUAUGCAUUUAUAUUAUUUACGUAUUCUGAAUAAAUUUUCUUUGUUUGUGUGCAUAUUUUUAUACACUGAUAAUCAAAAGCAUUUGGUAUAGUACAAUGAGAUGUGCCAUGAAUGUAUAUUCUACAUAGUCAUUCAUGUAAAGCCCAUUUCAACACAUAGCUGAUUGCAUUUGGCUUGCCUCAGAGAACUGAUGAUGUUGGUGUCAAUUGCAGAUGGCAGCUAGUUUUAAAAAAAUAUAUUAGGGGUAUUUUGAUCACCGAAACGGGGACUUCCUUGAGACGCGUUGGCUCGGCACUUUGGCUAGCUCAGAACUUGAAGACCAAGUUUGGGCCAUCCAGCAGGCCCAGGAAGCGGCACAAAAGCUAAAUCUUACCACGACCACCUGGGUGGCCUAGGCCGUGCCGCUAAUCUGCAAGUUUUAAAUAAAAUUUUGUCCCUUCCAAUCCAUUGCAUAAACUGUAAUGUCCUAAUUAUUACAAAUAUACACUGACACAUCUAGCAUUUAUAAUAUGAUUUCAAGCCAUAUACAUUCAUGUUAUGUUUAUGUUUCUGUGUAUUUGGUAUUACAUAAAUUUUUGUCACAGUGUUAUACUACGAGGGGGCAAUAUUUUAAGACACGCGUUACACAUGCUGCUAUCAGUAAAAUCUCAUUAUAUCUGCCCAUUUUUUGGGGCCACAUGUGCAGCUAUUUGUUCCAUGUUCAGAGAUUAGAAAUGAGCUGGAAGACAUUUCAGGAUGCCCAUAACCUGAAGUGGUUGCGUACAUUACAGUUGAACCCUUUCACAAGAGACCUGCAUUGGGGAGCAAUGCUUGUCUGUUACAGCAAAUGCCCAGUAAAUGAAAAUCUCUUAAAUGGAACUGUUGUUUAGAUGGAACAAUACUUCUGACAAAAUUGGUUUCAUACUUGUGUUCUGCACGAUUGUUCAUCUCUCAGUAAAUGGAAUGCCUGUUAAAUUUAGCAUAUUUUUCUGAUCCUUUAAUGUUCUGUUUAAUGAGAGUCUUCUGUAUAUGAGUGAGGUCUAACAGACAGUGGUGCCAAGGAAAGUAUAGGGGAUGUUAUUAGUUGUAAUGUAAAUGUGAAGAAAAAAAAAAGAGGACAAAAAGAUAACUUGCCGCUGGCAAAGACCAAAUGCGUUCAAUUCUCGCCAGUGGCAAGUUCUUUUGUCCACUUUUCUUCUCAUUUACAUUACUACUAUUAACAUCCCCUAUACUUUGAUUGGCAUCAUUGUCUGUUAGAUAUCAUUUAUAUUGUGUCUAACAAAGCAAAAAAAGCCCUCAAGUUUCCAUUUCUUUCCUUUACUGUAUAUGAGCUUCUCUUAUAAGCA